CAAACCAUUUUCUCGAUUCAAAGUAAUAUUUGUGAAUAAGUUUUUAUCUAUUUAAUUGUAUUUUUUCAGCGACAAAAUCUGUAAAUCGUCCAACACUUAACGGUACUUACAUCUAUUUUACAGAUGCUACUGCUAAUAAUACACUCGUUCAGAAAUUCGAUUGUGGUUGGGCACCCGAAGUAAUAUAUACAGGCUUUACAACUAUCAUUCGUUUUCCAGUUGCACCAUGGAUUCCUGGACAUUUUUAUUACGUAACAUUUGAUAGUGGUGUCGCCAGUGGAACUGAUUUUUGUGGUCCUGAAUCUGCUCCGAUUUAUGAUCCAACAUAUUGGGUAUUUAACAUUUGGGAUCCAGCUGUAUCAUCGACAACAACAACAACUACUACUCCACCAACAACUCAUACAGUUACAUCCCUACAAACAACUACUACUUCUAUUAAUACUGCAUGUACAACAUCUGGCAUAGUGGUAACUACUACGGCUGCUGUUACAACUACAACAACUAUAACUACUACAAUUGUAACUACAGCUGGUCCAACAACAGCGGGUGCAACUACUGCAAGUGGAUCAACUGAAACUACCAUUCCUGUCAUGUAUCCUAUAGAUUUCAUAAAUGCAUGUGCACAACCAGUAGCAAUUAUGAGUAUUGUCAUGAUGGCUGCUAUGGUUCCUAUACAAGCUGUAGUAAUGUAUACUGCUUUUACGAAGUUUUCCAAUAUGUUUAAUCCAUUAAAGAAAACAGCACAGUUAAGACAUGCACAAAGAAUGAGAAAUAUUAAUCGACGUUGA